GGAAGGCAGAGGGGUGUGAGAAGAUGCACCUGGCGCUGCUGGUCCUCGUCCUCUCCUGGAUCUCAGGCUGCUCCACUGCUCAGGAUAAAAUCACAGGUCCAAACAUGGUGAGUGGUCAUGAGCAGGGCUCCUUGACUGUGCGGUGCCGUUAUGCCUCCUACUGGAAGGAGUCCAAGAAGUACUGGUGCCGAGGAGCUGAUUGGAAAACAUGUGAGACUCUGGUUGAAACGGAUAUGGAACAGGUGGUGAAGAAGGACCGUGUGUCCAUCAGGGAUGAUCGGACUGACUCUGUCAUCACAGUGACCAUGAGGGAAUUGAGGAUAAGCGACGGCGGCGUUUACUGGUGUGCAAUUGAGAGAUUUGGGUCUGAUCACAAAUUUAAAGUUAAUGUGAACAUUGGCCCAGCACCCACUACAGCAUUGACCACGCUCCCCAUCACCUCCACCACCACCAUGUUCACAGAGACCGUUGCUGCGAACACCACCAUGUUCUCAAUGAAGACCAGCUACUACUCUGAUGGCAGUUCUGUCAGUGACAACGGUGACAGCGGUGACGACAGCAGUGACCGCGGAGGCGGUAAUGUUCUGAGUCUCAGUGUGCUCCUCCCGGUCGUCUCUGCGGUGCUGUUGCUUCUCCUGCUGGUGACCUCGCUCUUUGCUUGGAGGAUGAUGAGGAGACAGAAGAAAGCUGCUGGGCCACACCCAGAGCAGGUAUCGCAGUCUCUGGAGGGUGACCUCUGUUAUGCAAACCUGUCCCUUCAGCAGCCCAGACCCUCUUCUCAGAAAAACGGUUCCUCCAUGACCUCCUCUGGCAAGGCCCACCAAGAGGAAGUGGAAUAUGUCACCAUGGCUCCCUUUCCCAGGGAGGAGAUUUCAUACGCAGCUCUGUCUCUGGUGGCCUUGGGUCAGGAGCCCAUUUACAACAACACUGGCUCCCACGUCACCUGCCUUCCCAGCUCGAGCCUUGAGGAGUCCACGCAAUACAGCAGCAUCAAGAGGCCGUAGCCUGUGGCCAUGCCUUGAUCUUGGUCCCUGAAGAAGGCCUGGGAGCAGGUCCCAGCACAUCUGCCUCCGUACCUGCUUCCUUACCAGGCCUAAUGGGUGGCCUGAACUCCGUCCAUUCAGCCCUCACGGCCUUUAGCUCUAUCUCGAGCUUGGAGCCCAGCCUCGGGACUCCAGGGAAUUCAGAGUCUUUCUCCGUCUCCUGUUACAGUCAAGGUACCUUGGAAGGUGCAACGGGAGGCUGCUGCAGGGAUGCUGUGUAAAUCACAACAGUGAUAACAAUAGUAAUAAUAGCAAUUACCUCUAUUUAUUGUUUAUCAUAUGACCCCCAAAGACAUUUUCAUCCUAAUGCCCAUAAUCUGUGAAUUCUUAAUACACCGAGAGACAGGUGCAUUUUGCUUAAGUUAGGAUUUUGAGAGGAUUUUAUAUUAUCCAGGUAGGCCCAAAAUAAGAUCACUAAGGGUUCCUCUAAGGAGGAAUAGAGCAAGUAACAGAGAGAAAGAGAGAGAGAGAGAGAGAGAGAGAGAGAGAGAGAUGCAUGGUGGGAACAGAACAGAAGGGAUGCAGGAAGAACCAAGAGACAAGGAAGGCAAAUAUCAAAUUGUCUCUUGGGUGAGACCUCCAAGAGGAGUUAGGCCUGAGCUGAGUUUGGAAUUGCCUGC